GUGCUAAGCACACGAAAACUUUCAGUGAUUUGUAUCUCCAGUGUUCUUAUCCUAAUCAAUCAUGUCAACUGUUUCAAGAAUAUAUAACAAAAUCCUCCACAAAUAUCCUUACGGGAUUCAGGCUGUUCAAACAGCAAUUCUCAUGGGAACGGGAGACUUCUUGUCUCAAGCAUUCGUUGAAAAGAAAGAUGCUAAGGAGUAUAAUUUCUUGAGAACAGUGAAAUUUGCUGGAUUUGGUUUUUUUGUUGCUGGACCUGCUAUUCGGGGGUGGUAUAAUAUCUUAGAUCAUUACAUCAAAUCUACGAGUGCAAAGGGUGUGCUUCUCAAAGUUGCAGCUGAUCAGUUGUUAUUUGCUCCAACUUUUCUUGUAAUUUUUCUAAGCACAAUGGGAACCCUAAAUGGGGAGAGUCCCCAAAACAUAGCUGCCCGAGUAGAACAAGAUCUUCCAGAAAUUUUGGUCACCAAUUGGAAGGUUUGGCCAAUGGUACAGAUGGUUAAUUUCUAUUUUGUACCUCUACAGCACAGGGUACUUGUUGCUCAAUUUGUGGCAGUUUUUUGGAACACAUAUUUGGCCUUUGUUACCAAUCGUAGCUAGACGAUAAUCUGAAGACGAAGCUUUCGUUUUCGUCAAAAUUGAAGUAUUUAGUAUUUUAGUCUUCAUAAGACUUGUGUUUUCAACAACCUCUCAAACGAGGUAACUUUUUUGGUUUGGCGUAUUUUUACAAGAAAUAAAAGAAUUCUACACAAA